CCCUGGCUUGGCCCAAAUUGGGCCCUGGGAUCCUCCUGGAAGCCGCAAGAGAACACACAGCCGGUCGUCAUGAGUGGGCGAGUUGGGGACCUAAGCCCCAAGCAGGCAGAGGCUCUGGCUAAGUUCCGGGAGAACGUCCAGGAUAUACUACCCAACGUUCCCAAUCCCGACGACUACUUCCUCCUGCGCUGGCUCCGAGCCCGAAACUUCGACUUGCAGAAGUCAGAAUCCAUGGUUCGAAAGUAUAUGGAGUUCCGGAAGAACAUGGACAUCGAACACAUCCUCGACUGGCAGCCCCCCGAGGUGAUCCAGAAGUACAUGCCGGGAGGCCUCUGUGGCUACGACCGGGACGGCUGCCCCAUCUGGUACGACAUCGUCGGCCCCCUGGACCCCAAGGGGAUCCUCUUCUCGGUGACCAAGCAGGACUUCCUCAAGGCCAAGAUGCGGGACUGCGAGCGUAUCAUGCGGGAGUGUGACCUGCAGACUGAGAAGCUCGGGAAGAAGAUCGAGACCAUCGUGAUGAUCUUUGACUGUGAGGGGCUGGGGCUGAAGCACUUUUGGAAGCCCUUGGUGGAAACGUACCAGGAGUUUUUCAGUCUUCUGGAAGAGAACUAUCCUGAGAGACUCAAGUUCAUGCUCAUUAUAAAGGCCACCAAACUCUUCCCUGUGGGCUACAACCUCAUGAAACCCUUCCUGAGUGAAGACACUCGCAGGAAGAUUGUCGUCCUGGGAACCAACUGGAAGGAAGGUUUGCUGAAACUCAUAAGCCCCGAGGAACUGCCCGUACAAUUUGGGGGAAGCUUGACAGACCCUGAUGGGAACCCCAAGUGUGUGACCAAGAUCAACUACGGAGGUGAGGUUCCCAAAUCCAUGUAUGUGCGGGACCAGGUAAAGACCCAGUAUGAGCACUCAAUACAGAUCAGCAGGGGCUCCUCUCAUCAGGUGGAGUAUGAGAUCCUCUUCCCUGGCUGCGUUCUCAGGUGGCAGUUCAUGUCAGAUGGGGCAGAUGUAGGCUUUGGGGUAUUCCUAAAGACCAAGAUGGGGGAGCGACAAAAAGCUGGGGAGAUGACGGAGGUGCUUGCCAGCCAGAGAUACAAUGCACAUAUGGUCCCCGAAGAUGGGAGCCUUACCUGCGCUGAGGCUGGAGUGUAUGUCCUGCGGUUUGACAACACCUACAGCUUUGUCCACACCAAGAAGGUCAGCUUCACCGUGGAGGUGCUACUCCCCGAUGAGGGAAUGCAGAAGUAUGACAAGGAGUACACGCCUGUCUAGACAUCGGAACAAAAAGGGUUGGGGAAGGGCAAAAAAGACAAAGGAAAUGAGGAGUGGGGAAUGGACGACUCAGCACCUCCUAUUCACUAUCCCCUAUUACUCACUUCUGUAAGUUAACUAAACUCUGUUGGAGGGGGCAUUCUCUCAGUUAAUUAUACUCUCGGUUUACCUCUUUUGGUUAAUUAUAUUACCCAUUACAUUGCCCGUGGAAGUUCACUGGGGAGCUCUGUGGAUUCAUCAUACUGGGGGAGGGGUGCUCCCUCAAUAAACUAUGCUGUCAGUUUCCCCAUAGACCCUCUUGGGUAUCUCUAGAAGUUAAUGACUUCAUUGGGUAGCUCUCUAGGUAAACUACACUCUUCAAUUCUCCCUAUAGAUUUUCUUAGCUGGGUCUAAAAGGUAACUACCCCUUUAGGGGGUAGUUCUAUCCAUUCAAUCAAUUUCUUCUUUGGACUGUAUCCUUUAGUCCUUUCUUUGUGAGAUUAAUCUCACUUUGUCUGGCAGAAUUAAUUAUACUCAGUUUUUGAGGAAGGGAGAGGUGGGCUCUGCGGGAUAACUAAGUAAGAGGUCAAUUUCCCUCAGUCAAUUCUCCCCUAGCAAUUUCCCUUGUCAAUUCCUCUCUGUCAAUUCUCCUUUACCAAUUCCCCUUGUCAAUUCCUCUCUGUCAUUUGCCCUCUGCCAAUUUCCCUUGUCAGUUCCUUUCUGUCAAUUCUCCUUUACCAAUUCCCCUUGUCAAUUCCUCUCUGUCAAUUGCCCUCUGCCAAUUUCCCCCUAAUCAGUCCUCUUGGUUAUCUCUAGAGGUUAAUAAAAGUGUCAGUUCCCUUCCUGGUAACAACUAACUUGUCAGGACAGGUUGCCUCUGUAGGCCAGUUGUGCACAGUCUGUUAUAUCAAGCCCACCCGUGGGUUAUCUCUAUGGCUUAUCUAUAUCAUACUGGGUACCCCUACUUUGAAGGAGUCUCUGUAGGUUCCUUGCCCUGAACAGGCCAAAUGCCCGUUCUCUCAGGACUCCUCUUUCCCCUUUGAAAAUCUUCUCUAUCAGAUCUUAAUUUUUUAGGCUUCCUUUGAUUUAAACGAUUUCCUUUAUGCUUAGUAUGCUGUCUCCUUCUUUAUCGAAGCCCUCCCUGAAUGGGUCGAGGGAAUUUUCUGUAGAAAAAAGGAUGGAGGGGACAGUGAUCUUGUGAAUUCUCAUGACAGUCGCAUGGAAAACCAUCCUAGAAGGGCCUAGGAUGAGGCCUUCUUCAGGAUACCCAAGCCCCCCUCCACCUUCCAAGCUUAGCACGCUAGCCCAGCAUAGAUUAAACCGAUGAAAUAAUAUUGUGAGUUAGUUAUACAGUGUCAGAAAAAGGGAUUCUUGGGCAGCCCAGCCUUAAUUAUCUCCCCUUUCCCCAUCCUUUGUCUGCCAGUGCUCACCACCGCCCUCUGGUGACUUAGCGAUACAAAUGGAAGUCAAUGUCGUGAGCUCUGUAGAAAAUCAGGUUCAUAGAUCAUUAGAGCUGGUAGGAAUUUUCGACAGAGCAUGUCAAAGCUGGGGCCCGGGAUAGAACGUGAAAUGUCAGAAGUGGGAGGAGGCUUUCGCUCGGAGCUGGGAGGGACAUUAGAGAAUUCUUGUCUAACUCCCUUUUUUACAUAGAAGACGACUGAGGCUAGGAGAGAGAAGGGAUUUGUCCAAGAGCCCCUUCCUCUAUUUACAAGCAGUAAGGGUUAGCUGCUCAGCUGAAGCAGUAGGGAGAUGAUUAAUGUAUUAAAGGAUUUUAACAAAAAAGUGAAGCAAGUGUGAGAAGCAAGGGGGGAAGAGGGGAGGAGGGAGGGAGGAUGAAGGGAAGACCCGGGAGCCCGGUGAUUGGGUCCUUUCAGCAAGAGUGUGGACCAAUAAAUUAUCCUGUGUGUGUGUGUGAA